GUAAGUGGUUUUAUCGUUUUUAAACAACAGAUGAGAAGGGACGUCUUCAGCGAUUCUGGGCCGUCAGGAAACGCGGGGCAGGCAUGCAGACAGGCAGGCAGACAGAGCAAUGCUGGAAGCAGAUGGCAGGCAGAAGUGGCUGACUCACAGCAGAUCCACGGGCAAUGAUAAGCAGAGGAAAAACACGAGUCUUUAGCAAAAAGUCCCUCAAGGGAAAAAAGGCUAAGACUAACUGCAGGUCAAAGUUUGUACCACAAGGACGAUCUGGCGGAGAGUAGGCUGCAGCGCCGGGGUAUUUGUACUGCUGGAGAUGAUUAGUGGAUGGUUCUCAGGGGCUUACAUAAGCAUAAAAUCACUGCCUGCUUGCCUUCUUGUCUGACUGGGCAAGAGGGUGGAACAUCGUGGUGCUCACUAUAAAGCUGAGUGCCACUCUUAGAGAAACAGCAACAGCCCAGGACAAGCGUUUCUCAAGAGACAACCCUACAGCCAUGGACCCCAGCACCCGUCAACAGAAAAAUGCCCCAGCAUUCAAAAAAUCCAAGUCAAGGAAGAACAUCAACCACUUCACAGAUGUGCAAGGUCUGCCUUGUAUUGAGAGGAUUGUGAGCUCAGUGGAGGACACCCCUGAGCCCAUUAGCACCAACAUCACUGGCAAAAUCCCAGAAUGGAUCAAUGGGAACUUCUUGAGAAAUGGACCUGGGAAGUUUGAGAUUGGAAACCAGAGGUUUAACCACUGGUUUGAUGGCAUGGCUCUUCUGCAUCAGUUCAAAAUAUGCAAUGGUCGAGUGACUUACAAAAGUCGCUUCCUGUCCAGUGACAGUUACCAAGCCAACAAUGAGAACAACCGCAUCGCAGUGUCAGAAUUUGGCACCAUCACAAUGCCAGACCCCUGUAAAAACUUCUUCCAACGCUUUCUGUCACGAUUUGAAUUACCGAAGCCCUCAGAUAAUGCCAAUGUGAGCUUUGUGACCUACAAAGGUGAUUAUUAUGUCAGCACAGAAACCAAUGUCAUGCACAAAGUGGACCCAGUCACACUACAAACAACUAAAAAGGUGGACUGGAGCAAAUUCAUUGCUGUGAAUGGAGCGACUGCACACCCUCACACUGAGCCUGAUGGGACAACAUACAACAUGGGGAAUUCCUACACGACUAAAGGAGCGUACUAUAACAUCAUCCGAGUGCCGCCAACAAAGGAAACAGCUGAGGAUACCUUGGAGGGAGCCACGGUGCUGUGCUCUAUUCCCUCUGCGUUGAAAACCAAACCAUCCUACUACCACAGCUUUGCGAUGUCUGAGAACUACGUGGUGUUCGUUGAGCAGCCCAUCAAGAUGAACCUGCUAAAGAUUGUGACAGGCAAGCUGACGGGGAAAAGCAUCUCUGAUGGCUUUUUCUGGGACCCUAAACUCAAGACCAUCUUCCACCUGAUUGACAAGCAGACAGGGAUGGUAAACUCCAUCAAGUACCUUGCAAAGCCACUGUCCACCUUCCAUCAGAUCAACGCAUAUGAGGACAAUGGCCUCUUGAUCAUCGAUAUGUGUGCUUCUGAUGAUGGCCAGGCAAUCGCUAACUACAAAAUCCAGAACUUGCGCAAGUCUGGAGAAGCUCUAGAUGAGGUGUAUAACACCCUGUGUAGAGUCUUCCCACGGCGUUUUGUUCUGCCCCUCAAUGUGGACGAUGAUACACCCUACGACCAGAAUUUGAACACCCUGUCCAACAGCGCGGCGACUUCUGUAAGAAUUGCCAAGAACAAGGUCUUCUGUACCCAUGAGGACCUACAUGGAAAAGACCUUCAUCAAUAUGGAGGCCUGGAGUUCCCACAGAUAAACUAUGGCAAGCACAACACCAGACCCUAUCGCUACUUUUAUGGCUGUGGCUUCAGACAUCUUGUGGGAGACACACUGAUCAAGAUGGACCUCCACGAGAAACACAUGAAGGUGUGGGAACAACCUGAUCUUUAUCCAUCUGAACCCAUCUUCGUACCCUCUCCUAAUGCCACAGAGGAGGAUGAUGGUGUCAUUUUGUCUGUGGUCAUUACUCCAAAUAAGGACAAGAGUACAUUCCUCCUGGUUUUAGAUGCCAAAACAUUUGAAGAGCUGGGCAGGGCUGUGGUACCUGUCAAUAUCCCCUAUGGUUUCCAUGGGACCUUCAAUGCCACAGCCUAGAUAUAGUGAGUGGGUGAGGAAAUAAAUGCUGAAUGCACCACUCAAACAAAUAGACAGAAGUCAUGGCCGAAGUUAUAUACGAUAAAUAUAUUAGCCGUGAUGUUUUUGUGUUUUUGUCUCAUCAUGCACAUGAAUUUAGGGGUCACUACACAGACAUAAAUGUAUAGAUUGUUUGAAUGAAAAAAAAAAGUUUAAAUGUACAAAGUUCAUUCAUGUUGUAGUUGUUAUUUUGAUGUUGUGUUGUGUUACAAACCAGGUGGAAAUGCAUCCUGUUGUAAAUAAGUUGUUUUUUUCUUUUCUUUAAACUCUUGUUUUGAAUAUUUCAACAUAUAUUUUAAGGUAAAGGCUGUGGGUGGAUGUACUGGGGGGCAUCUGGGGCAAAGUGAAGAAAAUAUCUUCCUCUGAAAUUCCUUUUCAAUAAACACUGUGACUGCAAUAUCAAAAUUUGUUACACAACAGAAAAUGUUCAGGUUCAGCAGAGGCAGUUUUUCUUAUGGCAUCUUAUCUUGUGAGAAGCAGAAACUGUAAUUAAAUGAGCCCACGUUGAGGAUAAAUAUGGUAAUCUCAUGUCA